AUGAAAUUUGUAUAUACAUUCAUUCUCUAUCUAGCUGUAGUGAAAUGUAGUAAUUCUUUUACAUUUCAAAUAAAUUCCGGAGAUUUAAGUAGAACAACCUUGGAAUUCUAUGCUAAUCACCCUGUUUACUAAUUGAGUCUCAGAUGCGAUGGCUACAAUUCUGACCUUUGGUUUGCUUACAACUACACUAAUUUAGCUGUCACUCCAUAACAAAGAUAAUAAUAUAAAUGUUCCGAUAAGAACUUCACUAUUACCUUAUCGAAUGAUUUUACAGAGGAAUACGCUACAAUCUAAGUCGCCAAUUACACCAACUCUAUGAAAAUUCAAAGUUUUGAUUUCAUCACUAAUACAUAAUCCUCAUAUAAGACUGCUUUGACUGUUAAUAAAGCGAUCACUUAAGGUCUCUACUACACUUUGAAUGAUUUCAGUUUGUAGGUAUCUUAUCCAUCUACUGUGUAUGUUGAAAUUUUCAAAUGCCCAACUUCUCCAUUAAAGAUUGAAGCCAAGACUUAUGAUUAGUUUGGGCAAUAUAGAAAUUUAUCCGGAACUAACAACAAUAAAUUCUUCUAUGAUGUUUUUAAUACAACCAAUGGAAGUUUUAAUUAUAGAUUAGAAUAAUCGAGUUACGAUUCCCCUGAUGUUUUUAUUAAAUACUAAAGAGCUUAAUUAUAAGAUAUAAAGGAAAUAAACACAUAUAUAACAAAUUACUAUCUAAAACCUUCGGCUGAAGUAAAAGGUGAUAAAAUAUUUAUCACAUUUCCAGCGUUUUAAGUGUAGAAUAAUGAAAAUAUUGAACUUCGUGUAUCUGUUGGUUAUGAUGGUUCAGAGUAGAGGGAAAUUAUUUGUGCUUAUGGAGAUGCUGAUAUUUGGAGACAAUACAAUUCCUAUUAUACAGGCACAUACAAUUUAACAUAUAACAGAUAUGGGAUCAAUGAAUUGGUUACUGAUUUUCCAGGUUAUACACAAGGAAAGUACAACAUUCGAACGACUGCUAUUAUCAAUUUUGGAUCCAUUAAAUAAACCAUUCCACUCCAAACAAUUUCAGUUUAUAGAAAUUUAUACGCACCAGCUGGAUCAUUAUUGGUUCAUAUUUUGGCUCCAAUAGUAAUUUCUGUUUUAGCUUUGUUUGGAUUGAUCGUCGGAGGUUGCAAAUAUAAGAAGAAGAAGGAUCUGUAUUUAUAAGAAUAAUAAUUGGCACAAUUGCAACAGCAACAUUAAAUACAGAAUCCUUAUAUAGGUAUUUAAUGA